CGUACAGAUGACAAGCUUACGCUUCAUAAUAUUGCUGCUACAGCUGUGGACUGUUUGCGCUUGGGAGGAUUACAAGGAUUAUAAGGUGCUGGAGCUGCAGCCACGUGACCUGGCUCAACAGCAACUGUUGCUAAAUCUCGACCGCGAGCAGCCACAAUGGGAUUAUCUAGGUGGCAGAAGAAGUGCAACAGACACAAGCAGACGUGUGCUGGUGGCGCCACAGCAGCUGCAACAGCUGCAGCAACAAUUGCAGCUGCAUGGCAUAGAAUAUAAAGUGUUGCUGGAGGAUUUAGCGCCACAUGUGCGUGCACAGCGCGCAGAGAAUCUGAGCAGCAAGGCCAAGCAGCGUACACACAGAAUCGAUGUCUUUGCUGCAUUUUAUAAUCAUAGCGAGAUCAAUGCUUAUAUGGAAAGCUUGGUGCAGCUUUAUCCCAAGCGCGUGCAGCUGAAAACCUUCGGCUGGAGCUAUGAGCAGCGAGCGCUUAAGAUUUUAACCAUUAGCAAUGGUGAUGGCAGACGCAAUAAGCCUGUAAUCUUUAUAGAUGCCACCAUACAUGCUAGAGAAUGGAUUGCACCCUCCUUUGCGCUUUAUAUAAUACAACAGCUGCUGGAGCAGGCGGAGAAUGCAGAUCUUUUGCUUAACUACGACUGGGUUAUCAUGCCUGUGGUAAAUGCUGAUGGCUAUGAGUUCACCCAUUCGGAUUCACGCUUUUGGCGCAAGACGCGCAAACCUACGCCAAUUGAGGAACAUAUCGGCACAGAUAUCAAUCGUAAUUUUGGUUAUAAAUGGGGUGACGAUGCGGGUUCCUCUGGUGAUCCCGCUGAGGAGAUUUACCGCGGUGAGCAACCCUUUGAUCAGCCCGAAACUCAAGUACUACGCGACGCUUUGCUGCACUACAAAGAUCGCUUGGCUUUCUAUCUAUCGCUGCAUUCCUAUGGCAACUAUCUUCUAUUGCCCUGGGGGCAUACCAGCUCAUUUCCCGACAACUAUUUUUAUAUGAUGGAGAUUGCCGACGCGGGCGCUAUGGCCAUAAUUCAAUCCACAAAUGGCAUUUAUAGCUAUGGCAGCGGCUAUCAUCUUAUGUACCCCACAUCGGGUGAUUCCAAUGAUUUCGCUGUCGCUCUAGCCAAUGCUACUGUUGCCAUUACAAUGGAGUUGCCUGCUGGUGGUUUUCUUGGAUUCGAUCCUUGGGUUACACACAUUGAGGGCAUCGUUACUGAAAGUUGGGUGGGUGUGCGUGCUAUGGCUUUGGAGGUGAUAAGUCGCGGUUAUCAAUAA